AACAAUCAAGUUUGUUGUUGGGGAUAAUAAAUACAUGCACAGUGAUGUUAACAGUACUUACAACAAUAAAAUCAAGUCUACUUGAUUUGAACUAGUGCGAGGGCUACCAGUAAUUAUAUGACCUUUUGUGAGGAAGUCCUCGUCAAGAAGACGCCUGGAAAAUGAUUUCUCAAAGAGUGGGAACCCAGUUAGAGACUAGUUUUCCAGUCAUGGAAACACCUGGAAGUUCAUUAAGAUAACAAAAUAUCCUGUAAAGUUUAUGUAAACCUGGAUGCAUAUUUUAUUUGAAGCUCGGCUUGUUGGUAGGGUAAGAUGAUUCUUCAAAGCAGGUUUCUGCAGGUACUGACAGCUAUUAGGACCGCUGACUAGCUAAGAGCAGCUAGUACGAUUAACAUAUGCAACAGCGCACCGGUAAGUGACUCCCUGUGUUACAAGAGAAAAGGUCCGUGUUGCAACAAUCCUGUGAUACUUUCGUCCUGGUGACCAAGCGCAGCUCAGGAAUGGAGUUUUAUGUAGUUUGUAUUUUUCUGCGACUAUCAGACUGAGACUCUUCACAUCGACUAAUGAGUCGACUAUUGGGGGCCCUUAACGAGUAGAAAUAAAGUGGAAUCGUCCUUUGAUUUCAUGGCCAGUAGUUGCAUAGAUGAACCAACCGACUGACCAAAAACUGACUGCAGGUCUGUGACAGAAAACUGUAAAUGCUUCAUUUCACAUCAUCAGUCAUUUUGUAAGUGAAGGUGUCACUGUUUGCAAAUGGAGGAUCUCUCAUUUUGGAACCAAACUCCAGUAUAUAGUCCCUCCUGUGUGUGUGUGUGUGUGUGUGUGUGUGUGUGUGUGUGUGUGUGUGUCACUGCACGCUGCCGGCAAAUGCAGUGAUGACUCAUGCUAGACACACACACACACACACACACACAAGCACCAUCUGUUUGACAGGCAGGCUGAAUCACACGGCGGAGGGAAGCAGUGUGUGUGUGUGUGUGUGUGAGGCUGGAGACGAGGCAGGCAGCGUCUCUCCCGCCUCUCUUCGGCCCGUUAGGAUGUGGCGUCGGCGGCGUGCAGCAGCACAGCUCGACAACCUGUCGUCAACGGAGACCGCUGUGACACUGUGACCGUGGAAACAGGAUGUACGAGAGAUGUCGGAGCACAAAAGUGACAGCUACAUUGUGCGCGUCAAAGCGGUGGUGAUGACCAGAGACGAUUCGAGUGGCGGCUGGUUGGCGCAGGACGGCUGCCUGAGCAGAGUGGGCGUGUGCAGGCUGCUGCCGACCGAACUGCUGGGACGCAACACCUUCCUCAUCCACGGAGAACGCCUCAAAGACAAGCAGGUGAUUCUGGAGUGUUUCUUAAAGAAGGAUCUGGUCUACACGAAGGCCACGCCGACGUUCCACCACUGGAAGGUGGACAACAGAAAGUGUGGUCUGACCUUCCAGAGUCCGGCCGACGCCAGGGCCUUCGACCGCGGGGUGAGGAAGGCCCUCGAGGACCUGACAGAAGGUUCGACCACGUCCUCGUCCACGCUGCAGAACGAGGCGGAGCUCGGCGAUGACGACGUCUUCACGACGGCCACCGACAGCUCGUCCAACUCGUCCCAGAAGAGAGAGCCGGCGAUGCACACGCUGGCCCCGCCCAACUUCUGUGAGUCCCGUCGGCACCACUGCAUCCUGGGACAUUUUUACGAGCAGCACCGACCCUCCGAUCACUACUUCCUGGACCAAGCGGUCCACAUGUUCCCUCGUCACGUCAGCUUCCAGGUGGAGGAGGAAGAGAUCGUACGCAUCAACCCCCGCGAGCGCACCUGGCUCACCGGCUACGAGGACUACCGCCACGCCAACUCCACACGUGACAAACUCACCCAGCCUGACAACCUCGACGCCUACGUACAUUUUGCAAAGAGCGAGCCGCCCAAACACGACUACAGCUACCCGUACCCGCUGAGCUGCGACGUGCAGCGAGUCUGUGACGGCAAACCCAGUUGCCUGGAGCUGGGCAGCGGACACAGAGCGGUGGUGACGGUGCAGCCGCGAGCCCUGCAGCCCAAAGGCAAGAGGCGGAAGGAGGACGGAGAGCGCUCGCGCUGCGUUUACUGUCAGGACAUGUUCAACCAUGAGGACAACGGGCGGGGCCGCUGCCAGGAAGCACCUGACCCCAUUCAGACCUGCAUCAGGCGGGUCAGCUUCAUGUGGUGCGCAGACAGCCUGCUGUACCACUGCAUGUCGGACCCGGAGGGGGAUUACUCGGACCCGUGCUCCUGUGACACCAGCGACGAGCGCUUCUGCCUGCGCUGGGCGGCGCUGGUGGGCCUGUCUCUGCUGGCGCCCUGCAUGUGCUGCUACGCCCCCCUCAGGGCGUGCUACCGCUGCGGCGUAGCCUGCCACUGCUGUGGCGGGAAACACAAAGCUGUGGGCUGAGGCGUCGCAGGCCCCCGCCCUCCUCACAGCGAGACAGCAAAGACUCAUGGGAGGAGGCAGGGAAUCGGAGGCCGCUGUGAUUUUUACGUUGUUUUUUUGUUGUUGUUGUUUGUCUCGUCUCCGAUUUCCAGAUGGAUGAGAAAACGAACUUUGUCUCAACAGAUGGAAGAAAAAAAAGGUUCCCUGUUGUUUUUUGUUUUUACGUCUUUUGUGACAUUGGGAACCAAACAUGGCUUCCAAUUCUCACAAAGACCGAGCAAAGAAUAUUCAUUUCUAUAUAGAAUUAUAUAUAUAUAAAUAUAUAUAUAUAUAUAUUUAUAUAUAUAUAAAAACAGGUACUUUAUAUUUUUACACUCAUGUGUUUUAAAGGCUUGAAUAUGUCAUUUUUUCAGCGUUGUGUGAGGUCAGUAUGAAUGUUGUGUUUGUAGAGGGAACUGCAGCUGCGAAACAUUUUAACCUUAACGCACAAAAUCAAUUCAGACAAAAAUCACAUGUUGAGACAGCUUCACCUUAAAGGUUGAGUUCAGUUAGAUGAGAUCAAUCUCAUGUCUGUGUACGGAGCUGGAGUCGGGAUGUAGUUAGGCCAGCUUAGCAUAAGGACUGGAAGCAGGGGGAAACUGCCAGCCAAAGUUCAAAAAUAUACCUAAAACAUAAAGUUAUUGUGAUGUAGUUUGUUUAAUCUGUAGACAAAUUUGUAUUUGUGGUUUUAGACCAGGUAACUUUUUCAAACAAUCAAGUUUGAACAAAUUUAAAAUGACACGCAGGACAACUGUGUGACACCACACGGGGAAACAACGUAAAGGUUAUUCUAAAGGUUCAGAUAAUCGCUCUAUAAAUCUCAUUCACAUCUCAUAACUUUCUUAUAAUGAGGGAAACUAACAGAAUUCACCUGUAUUAUAGGGUCAGGUUCAGAUAUUGAUUGCUUAUUUCUCGCAAUCCAGCUGCGGACAGAUCAUUUAAUGAGAUUUUAUCUAAUCUAUCAAGCCUAUAGAGUUGGACCCUUCUCUGCUGGAUCACAAGGCAAACAAAUGAUCACGUUGAACGAAUGAACUACAAAUAACAGUGACAACCCUGCUAACUGUCUCCCCCUGCUUCCAGUCAUUAUGCUAAGCUAGGCUAACCAGCUCCGCACCUUUACAAAUAGUUUCAAUGCUCUCAUUAAAUUCUCAGUGAUAAAGCUGUUUCUUUCUUUGUGAUUUCACACAGUUCAUCCAGCCGUUAAGAUGAAUGUUUCGCACUGCGUCGGCAGCUGCGGUUCCCCGAUGUUCAGCAGAGGCACUUAACCGGUCUGAAAGCUGCUCUGCUUCCAGCAAACUGAGCAGAUAAACCAGUAAGAUGGCAGUUCCCAGUCUCAAAUAGACCAGAAACACAACAUCUGGUUGUUGGUCAGAAGGUUGGAUUUAGUUAAAAACUAAACACAGUUUGCACAGUGGAACCUCGUUGAAUUAUCUCCUCUAGUCUUGUUGUGUACUGGUCAUACUGGUCUGUCUUUACUGGUUUGUGGUUCGGAAUUUGUUUGAUGAUGAGAACAAAAACUAAAGUAAGAGUAAAGCUAAGACAGAUACUUAUUAGGUGUGUGUGUGUGUGUGUGUGUGUGUGUGUGUGUGUGUGUGUGUGUGAGGUUCAUCAAGAAUGUAUCUGAGACUGACUGUCGAAGGGCUGGAUAUCAAAAAUGAUCCUUUUAUUGGUAUAAAUAACUAAACUAAAAAGCGUCAGAAUAUUUAUAUAUAUAUAGUCUGACGGUUAUAAAUUAACUCUCCACAGACUUCUUUACUAUUUUUUAACAAAAAAAAAUCUUUAAAAAAAAAUGGGACUAGCCUUUAGAAUUGUACCCCCUUAAAAUGAUUUAAAAAAUGUUUCAAGGUAGUAAAUGUGUUGUUGGUGCUCAGCCGGAGCCUGAGGGGAACUCACAAUGAUUUUAUGAAAUGAGCACAAAGUCUGAAAAUGCAGAUAAAGAAAAACAUCGAAUAAAGUCACAACCUAGAACUAUAGAAAGAUCUACAUACUAACUAUAUUACCUGUUAUAUUAAACCUCUGUGUCAGAUUAUAUUGUUAAAUUAUUUCCCUGACACCAUCAAUCAAUCAAUCAAUCAAUCAAUCAAUCAAUAAAAUCAAACUGUAUUUCUAUAGCAGCUUUCAUACAGCUCCACAGAUGAUUGACAAAAUGAUAAUGAGACAGAACGGAAUAAAAAUGUAAUAACUUUACAGCUCUAAUGAUAGUAUUUAAUAAAAAGCGAUACUUAAACUACUAAACAAAUAAAAUCAAUAAGUGGCGGGUCGGACAUUAGAGAUUAAUAAAGCAACACACAUCCUCUGAUUACAGAUAAUCAGGAUUGAUAUCUCCAUUUCUUAUGUAAAUAAACACAAUCCUAACAUUUUAAUCAAGCGUGUUUUUACUACUUUAAAUCCUGUUCACCAGUUCCUUUUCCACCGUUGCUCGAUAGAGCGUCGACAGACAAUACAGCGACGCCGCACUGGUUGCUGGGACACGUCAGCGUCGCCAUAUAUUGGAGCAUAAUUCGACUCCACGUAUGUCACAAACCUUUAAAUAUAUAAAUUACUCAAUGAAAUCGGUUGAGAAACGUAAACAGGGUUUCGAGUAUCUUUGGAGGUAAACAAAUGGAUCCGAUCCAAAUAGUCUUAAACCUCCAGUUUAAGAUUUUGUGCUCAUUUCACAGAAACAUGUGAGUCUUUGUUAAAGGUCCAGUGUGUAACAGGAUCUGCUGUCAGGAGUGGAAUAUAAUAUUUAUAGUUUUCAUUAGUGUUUAAUCACCUGAAUAUAACAACUGUUUGCGUUACCUUAGAAUGAGCCGGAUGUUUCCACACUUAUUCCGAAGAAACGGACAAACUAAACUGUCUCUAUAUUUGACUUUUCAAGAGUUUUGUGUCCACCAGAAAGUGAGGCGAGGUGGUUGUAAUCUGCAACUAGAUGCCACUAAGUCCUACACACUGGUCCUUUAACAUACUGAGGUCUGAACACUGAGUGGAUGCGAUUCUCCCAAAGCUAAAACUAGUGUAAUAAGCUACAGCAGUUCUGUAUGGAAACCUCUUCAUCACCACAAAGAACAAAGCGUAUUCCUUCUUUCUUCUUUCAUUUUCUAGUCUCUGUCUUUACUUAACACUAAGUUUUCUUUUUAUCGCAGGUAGUAAAUUCCAUGAUCACGUGAAAAACUACUUUUUUCUAAACUGAGAUUACGAACCUAAACGAAGUGCGACCGUUCGCUGUGAUGAAGCAGCUCUCACAGUUUGUCGUGUAGCUACAGUUUGUGUCUUAAAGCUGCUGAACAUUUUCCAAACCAUCAGUUCUUAGUUUGAUUUCCUUCCUCCGAGGCGGCCAUCGGUCUCAGCUGAGUUUCUGACGAGCAAGAGGCUUGAAACCAGUUUUUUUUUUUUUCGCACUUGUUUAGGACUUGGCCAUCGGUCUUGGACGACGUGGCGGCUCUCGCAGCACGUGACCUCCGCUGGCUGCAUAACACCAACAUGGCGACGACCAAACUUUAAAACAGGACUCCACAAACUAAUGGGUGACGUCGCUGGUGGUUCACACUGGGUUAAAACAAUGGGAACCACUGGUUUGGUCCUUUAAACGCACAAGAGGAAGACUUCAAUCUGUACCAAUGGCUGCCUAGAAGGUUUAAAAUCAAUAAUUAUAAUAAUAUAUAAACUAAUGGUUUGAUUUGAAGACAAUUUGUAUUCUACAGUCGACAAGAUAAAAAACCACCAGUACUCUACGUCUGUGUCACAUCUUUGAUUUGAAAAAGAGACUUGAGGCUCAGUGGAGCAGCAAUCAGGAGCGAAGGCCUCUGUUCUAAAGCUGUCGUCCUGUCCGUCCGUCUGUCUGCCUGUCUCACCUCUCUGUCCUCUUCCUGCCGUGUUUCCUGUCAGUCAAGCUUCAUGAUACUGCUGCCAUUCGUUGCGGAGAAGAUUCCCACGUUUACUUUUCUAUCUGUGGCGAGGAAAGUGAACCAAAAGCGGUUUGUCUGUUGGACGCAGCGUCUUCGGCCUGCGUCCACUUCAGCUAUUAAAGGAAAGUGCCUGAAGCCUCCUCUUCAUCUAUGUCCUGAUUUCAGAAAAUAAUUAGUGUAAAAGAAAAAAAAAAAAGUAAAGGUUGAAUUCAUUGGUUUGUCUUUUUUAUAUAAUUCACAUUUUUACCUAUGUAAAAAACAGAAUAUAUAUAUAUAUAUGUAUAUGUAUCAAGUGUAUGAUGUACAUUUUCAGUUCUAUUUUUUUAUUGUUUCUAAUAUGAUGGAUGUAAAUCUCUUCUAACAGAAAAAGAGACAAUGAGACGUGUAUAAAUACAAAUACAUCAUCUGGAAACUCACAA